AUGCUCUUUGUGCCGGAGGAUGCGGCGUGCUCGUCCUAUCGCGGCUACGUGCGCGUCCAGAGGCGCGAAUUUGCCGUUCGCGUGUCGCAUGUCACACACGAUGCAAGUACGCAUCAUGUCGUGCUGCAAGACGCGCAAUUGGACGUCGACUGUGCACUCGCAGCGCGUUUGAAGCCUCACAGGGCGACGCUUAAGUUACGAUUGGCUCAGGCGUCGUCAUUAGCCGGUUUUGCCGUCGAAUUCGAGGAAAUUGUAGCCAUUUGUUGUCGAAAAAAUCUCGAUCGUCCAGUGGAGCUACCAAGUGCCAAGUAUUACGCGCGAUUAUUGGCGGAACUUGAAGUGGUGGGCUGGCAAUGUUUACGUCAACUUACUGACGACUUGCGAUCAGUGGAGCUCGAGAUCAAGGACCAGAGAGGACGCAAUCAUGUGAUUCGAGUACUGCUGCCAUUGCAGUAUGAUGCUGAAGGAUUUGGAGGGAAGCCCGAGUGUCUAGUGGAUGCUCCGGAGCCUCUGGAACUCCAGUGGCCACCAGAUUGUACCAAGUAUUUAUCAGGAGUGCUCCUGGAAGUUGUGUUGAAGCAGUUUGAGCUCUUUCUGGACAAGUUUCAAGCGUUCUGGGAUGUGCUGGAUGCACUGGAUGCUGCAACGUGUGUGCUGGAGCCGCACCGUCCAACAAGAGCUACUGGACGACGAAGAGUGGCUCUUGAUCGACGGGCUUCGGUGCAGUUUGAAGUAGACCCUUUGUGUCCCGCGGCGAUGCCAAGAGAGCUUAGUUUCUUUGGAAACCAAGUGAGUGUUGGCGCACUGCGUGAGCUCUGGGGCAGCAGUGCAUGGAGUCGAUGGGACGAGUCGAGAUCGAUGCAGGCAAACUUGGAGGACGUCCUGAAUAUAAAGCUACCAUCGCCAACGACAACACAACUCGAGGAACUUGCAGCGGAGUGUGGAAUAUGCUAUGCCUAUCGUUUGGGGGAUGGUGAGGACGAGACCAACGCUAAACCCGAGCGAGGUCCCGGAGCUCUGCCGAUGCAAAGUGAGUCGAAACAGGAACGAGGUUCUUGUCUUCCAGACCGACUGUGUGAAAACGUCAAGUGCAACCGCCCGUUUCACGCCAAGUGCCUCUAUGACUGGUUGCGAGCGCUGCCCACUUCACGUCAGUCUUUCCAUACUGUUUUUGGUGAGUGCCCCUACUGCCGAGACGCGAUCAGUGCCAAGUUGGAGCCGGAUUUUUAG